AUGUCGAACACUGAGAGAGAAAUAAAUACCCGAGAACGGUUUUUUAAGAAGCUUAUGGAAUUGGUGGAAGGAAAAAAAGACAAUCAUUAUAAUGUUAUGACAAAAGAUACAUACGAUUCGCUUCUGAAAGAGGUCGAGGAUGCGAAAUCAGCUACUCAAAAAACCUCCGCUAAAUAUAGAAGGAUAAAACGAUUCAAUGUUUUAGCACUUGGUGAUUCAAAGCUGGCAACUCGCAGAGAGCCAGUUAAGUAUUAUCUGCCGAUGGAAAAUGUUUUUAAUGUCAUUGAUUCGUCACAUACUGGUGUAGAGCAUGGCGGGAGAGAUCGCUUAAAGGUCGAAACUUCAAGAAAGAACACUAAUAUCACCACUGACAUGAUUAACAUCUUUUUUCUCUUUGUGAAACACGCCAGAAGAAAAAAAAGCUUAGGAAAAAGGACUUUCGAAACCUAUCGUUUCGAAACGAACUUUACGUUUGAAAAAACGUAGAUUUCAAAUCGAUUUGAUAGACAUGAAGUCGCAAUCCGAUUCAUAGUUUAAGUUUAUACUUAAUUAUCAGGAUCAUCUAACAAAGUUCGUUCAGUUCGACUCAUUGCAGUCUAAGCGUGCAGAAGAAUUUGCAAUCCAUGUAUUAGACAUUUUUUUGACUUUUGGUGAUCCGGUUCUUCUCCAUUCAGACAAUGGGAGAGAAUUUGUCAACAAUGUGAUUAAUGAGAUAAAAACAUUAUGGCCAGAGUAAAAUACGUGCACGGAAAGCCGAAACACUUACAAGCCAAAGCUCCAUAGACCAUGCAAAUCAAGACGUGGAGUGAAUACUCGCUUCUUGGAUGGCGGACAAUAAAUCAUCUAAUUGGUCUAUCGGUUUAAAGUUCGUUCAAUUUAUAAAAAAUAGAGCUCACCACGUCGAGAUAAAUAUGACGCCUUAUAAAGCAAUGUUUGAGAUUGAUCCAAGAGUGAGACUUGCAUCCUCUAAUCUGUCCAAUUAUUUGAUUAAUACUAUAAACGACGAGAAUGAUCUUGAAAAUUGUACAGGUACUCAAACUGGACGUGAAGAUAUGAUCGAGCAGAAAGCUGCAGGUAUGUUCUUUAAUUAUUUUACUUUCACUCAAUAAAAAACUUUUAGACAUUUUUUUUCCCUUGGAUAUAUUUCAGGUAACUCUCCUAUACGAACAAUUAGAAAAGAAGCGCUCGCAAAUUCGGAAAAACAGGCAGCCCGAAUAAUGACUCGAUCUGACAAAAAAUUUUCCGCGAUUGAUGUUGGUAUCGACGUAGUAAUAUCCAUUCCUGAUGUUGACAGAGGCAAAACAGAUCUUCCCAAUCUCAUCGAAGUAGUGUUGGAAAAAACAGAACACGGUCUAUAUAGAAUCGGAACUAAGGAUGAAAUUCUGGACAAACUUUAUUGUAGAUACGUUCAUUAUCAUCUUUUCUUUAACAAAAUAUAA